AGCAGAAUGACAAAAAAAAAUCUGCAUGCUUGAUCCUACUGUUGAAUGGUAUCCCUGGGCUCAUGGCUGGUGGGCGGGCGCAUCACGACACCAGUGCGAUCCGGCGGCCCGUCUCCCGUUACUAAGCAACAUCCGCUCGGAUUACAAAGGGCCACGGAGGGACACCCCCCACCACUUCCUGUGAGGAACAAGCAUGGCAUCCUCCUCCUCUCUGCCUGUGUCCUCGCUCCCCCCCAGCCCCCUGGCCAUGGAGUACCUGAACGACUUUGACCUGCUCAAGUUCGAGGUCAAAGAGCGCUUCUCCGACGAGCAGUUGGUCAGCCUGUCGGUGCGCGAGCUGAACCGGCACCUGCGUGGCGUCAGCAAGGACGAGGUGGCGCGACUGAAGCAGAAGCGGCGCACGCUGAAGAACCGCGGCUACGCCCAGUCCUGCCGCUACAAGCGGCUGCAGCACCGGCACGCGCUCGAGUCCGAGAAGCAUGUGUUGACCCAGCAGCUGGAGCAGUUGCAGUGUGAGCUCUCCCGGGUGCUGAAGGAGAGGGACGCCUACAAGACUCGUUACGAGAAACUCAUUAGCAUGGGGGAGGCCCCGCCCACUCUGGCCGACCGCCCCCCGUCGCCACCCAACUACUUCCUGUGAGGGGAGUUGGAGCUGCUUCGAGGAAGAGGAAGGCGCCAUUAAGCUGAUUCCAAAUAAUCGGCACCGAAUUACGGUGACUGCCUCCCUCCUCCCUUCCCCACUCCUGAGUGGGAAUAGCGAUGCUUUCUGAAAGGCAGCUGUCGACCACCGAUUCUUAAAUCUGCACAGGGAAUUCAUAUUACCUCAGAGGUGAAACGGCUGAGGUAUCGGCUUAUCAGCCCCCGUAGACUGUAUCUGAUCGGAAUCAUACCUGAAUGUCAUGCAAAGAUUUACCUCACCGAAGAAAUCAGUCGAUAGUACUGACUCUGAGUGUAAAGACGAUCCUGUAUCUCUCGCAAUACCGGGGCGAAAAAGAGCUAUGAUCAGCAAGCUCGGGCUAGUCCUGCGACCUUUGUGGUCCAGGAAGUCAAAGGUAACACUGAUAGGGAGACAGCGAUCCCCAUGUGACCUCUGAAGAGCUCUAGACGAAUGAAGUCUGGGCAGGAAAACGAAUAACGAGGGAUGGGACUGGGCAGGUUCGGGGCAGAUGAGCAACUUAUGAGUUAUGAGUACAUAGUUAUACAUUGUUAUAAAGGUUAUUCUAGACUUAAUAAACUCAGAAAACAAGACAAUGCAAAUGGCAUGCAUGUGAGGCUACUAGUCCGUUGUGUUAUUACUUAUCAGAAAAUAAGUCAAAUGUUGGAAUCCCACCACUGUUCACCGCUAUUGUAGCCAAACGGCUGCCAAUGGUCUUAACUCUGUGUAUUGAAUUAGUGGUUUUUGUCCUGUGGGUGGAUUAUGCUGAAACAUUCACAGUUUUUUUUUGCACUACAGACAAAGUAUCUUAUUGUUGGUAAUCAGACUGUAUCUGAGUAAUUUUCAUUAUUUUUAAAGCUUUAUAUGAAGCUGAUGUCAAACUUACUCCCUCUUUUGCUGUAUUAUAUUAAGGCAAAUUUUAAAAAAAGGCAAA